UCGGAAUCAGGAUCUGAUUCGGGUGCAGAAAAUGAGUGUCCAACCACAACUACACGAGGGCCGACGCAAAUGAAUGAAAUAUCCAAACUAAUGGAUCAGGGCAAAAGAGUGGCCCUCGAGGUUAAUGAUAAAGGUCAAUACUGUGGAAAAAGCUAUGCGAAGCUCGUGUCCACUCUAGGAGUCAGAUGUCGGCAGACAAUAGGGUUGGCCUAUAAAAACUAGAAAGAAGUCAACCCGACUCUGAAAAAUAAAGUUUGGAAAGACAUGCAGGUAAGCUGUUAUUUGUUAGAAUUUUGAUUUGUUUUUCUAUUACUUCAAAUGUUGACUCUAACCGUGUUUGUUUUCCUUCAAAAUAGACGGGGUUCAUUGUGCCGGACUCCUUCAAACAUGAUUGUCUCAUCCUAGCUGGGAAGUUAAUGAAAGACUUCAAGAAUAGGAUGACAAAAGACAUCAUAAUGCCCGCGUUGAAAGAGAAUGAUCUGGGACGACUGGCACAAGUCCCUGAAAAGCACCCCGAGAUCGACGCUGCUGAUUGGUGCAAAUUUGUUGAAAGUCGACUAACUCCUGAAUUUCUGGAAUUGAGUAAGGUGCAACGUGAACGUUCCUCAAAAAUUCAAUCCAGACAUCGAAGUGGUCGGAGUGGAAUGGUGAACGUACGGGAAGCUGUGAAAAAGGACCUCGAAGUUGCAGAUCCCCCCCGCCACCGUGUUUUGAUUAAAUCUCGCACCAAGAGUAGAAAACUUGUCACUGAUUACGACAAGCAAAUUGAAGAGAAGAUAGUAAGUACAUAUUAAUCCUUAAUUGAGUUCUACUCAUGAGUUAGUGUAUAUAAUUCAUAUACUAAUUGCUUGAAUAUAUGCGUGCAUUAGGCUCAAUUAGAGGA